AAGAGAAGAGACAGAAGUCCUGUCCAAAGUGUGGUCAGUUCUCACAUGUCAGAAAGUCAGUGUGACUCUGAUGGUAAAAAAAAGUUCAAGAUGAAAACUUUGGUAAAGAAAUACAAACAACCCGAAAAAGAAGAGAGACUUUCCUCUGCAGGGUCUGGUAAAAGAACAAAAAUUCCACAUGAUGUGUCUGUCCACAUGAGAACUGAGACGAGCCCUGAUGAAAGAUCUCAUGUCUGCAAAGAUUGUGGUAAAAGAUUUGGUGACUGGUCUAAGUUCAGAAAUCACCCUAGAACUUGUUUAGGAGAGAAGCCUUUCUCUUGUAUAGAAUGUGCUAAAAAAUAUAGUAGUAAAACAAAUCUCAAAGCACACAUGAGAACUCACACAGGAGAGAAGCCUUUUUCGUGUAAAGAAUGUGACAAAAGUUUUAGACAAAUGUAUCAUCUCAAAACACAUAUGAGAACUCAUACUGGAGAGAAGCCUUUUUCGUGUAAAGAAUGUGACAGAAGUUUUAGUGAUAUGUCUCAUCUCAAAAGACAUAUGAGAACUCAUACUGGAGAGAAGCCUUUUUUGUGUAAAGAAUGUGACAGAAGUUUUACUCGAGGUUCUAGUCUCAAAACACACAUGAGAACUCAUACAGGAGAGAAGCCUUUUUUGUGUAAAAGAUGUGACAAAAGUUUUAGUCAAAUGUCUAAUCUCAUAACACAUAUGAGAACUCAUACUGGAGAGAAGCCUUUUUCGUGUAAAGAAUGUGAUUCAAGAUUUAUUCAUUAUCCUAGUCUCAAAACACACAUGAGAACUCAUACUGGAGAGAAGCCUUUUUCAUGUAAAGAAUGUGACAGAAGUUUUAGUCAUAUGUCUCAUCUCAAAAGACAUAUGAGAACUCAUACAGGAGAGAAGCCUUUUUCGUGUAAAGAAUGUGACAAAAGUUUUAGACAAAUGUAUCAUCUCAAAACACACAUGAGAACUCAUACAGGAGAGAAGCCUUUUUUAACAAAUGGACCCCCCCAGCAGUGAUUAUAAGGAGGAACAAGUGAUUAUUGAAUGCAGAGAGAAGAACAGUUUUCUGAAAAAAUCCCUCUACGAUUCUUCUGAUAGAAUAUUCUAAUUUUGAAGACUAUUUUUUAGAUCUUCCUCAUCUAUAGGUCACUAUGAUCACAUUAUUCUUAAGGAAGAAAUCUGUAGAUGAUUCUAUACAUCAUGAGUUUUACUUUUGUGUUGAUUAACAAAAAUAUUUAAGUUGAUCACCACAUUUCUUAUUUUACAUAUAUUUGGAAGUUGAAAUGUCUUGUUUUAAUUAUGACCAUAAGGUUUGAUUUUUUUUAAAACAUUGUUAUUAAUAUUCAGUUUUUGUUGGUUGAUUUUUAUUUAUAGGUUUUGUUUGAAGUUGUUUAGUUAACCAUUGUGGUUGUAGUUUAAGUUGAGACAAUGUUGUCUAUGUUCGUGUGUUACCAUGACAACACUAGAAUGAUGUAAAACAUCUCUUAUU